GCUGGACCCCCAGCCAUGGUAAGAAAUGAUGGGGCCCCUGGGGAGAAGCCUUCUGGUGCUCUGUGUGGCCAUGAGCAUCACAACACUCUGUGCUCAGCAAGGGGAGAGGGUGAGUGACCGAGAGGCUGUGGCCCUGUUGCUGGAUGCCUACAACAGAGAGUCUCAUGAUGACUACAUCUUUGGACUCCUUGAAACCAAACCUGCCUCUGACCAGGCUGGCCGCCGGAUCCUGAGUUUCACUGUCCAGGAAACCAAGUGCCUGAAAUCAGAGAAUCAGAACCUUGACCAGUGUGAAUUCAAGGAAGGUGGGGUGGUGAAAGACUGCAAAGGAGAGGUUUCCUCUGAGCGACAUCUCCCAGUGGUUGUGGUCUCUUGUGACUCUGUGGAUGCACAGGGGGCUCAAGCCCAGGAAGAGUCAAAUGAUGAUGUAUCACCACCUUCUGUACUAACAGAAGGAAGACUUGAUGAAAAGGGAGAACCACCCAUCUCACCAGCCAGGAUUAGGUGCAGGUGGAAGUGGUUUCCCCCAGGCAUUGUUUGUUUGUUUUAGGUCCUUUCCCAGCUCACCCCUGGGCUGUGCCUUCUUUCUUCUGUGACACUCAUCCUGGCCCCAAUUUCCAUGGAUCUCAUCCUGGAACUGAUUUCCCCAGAACCCAGACUGGUCCCAAUUUCCCUGGACCUGACUAAGCUCCCCAUUUGGAUUCCCAUCUCAUGCCCACAAUUCCAUCCUGGACCUCGGACCACUAAACCUGCUUCUUUAAUGAAUUCCAAGAUCUGAACCCACAGAUCCAAUGGGAGCAGAGCAUGUACAAAUAGGGACCACAUGCAAUAAGCAGUCCAAGAAUCAAAAGAAAAGAUUAGACCAUUGACUAUCACAGGGCAGGGACUGUUAGACCUUCAAUGUAGCAUUCUAAGCAGACAGCACUUGAAUAAAGGCCUUGGGAUAUCAAG